AUGCGAGCCUGCGCUACCGACAACCGUUGGACGCAGUACCGCGGCUCCAUCGACCUGGAGCACAGCGAUGGCGUGCGAGAGCCUUCGUUGGCUGAGGACGGACUAGUGGGGAAAGCAGGCGAGGACGAGGGACGUGAUCUCGCGCUAUUGCAGCGCUGCCGUGGUAGAAUCGUGGAGGCACUGCUCGUAUCUAUGGCCAGCGUGUCGGCUCUGGUCGUUGUGGGCAACGAUGUGAACAAGAAGCGCUUGUGCGCUGCGGUCGGCAUGUCGCCGGCAUCGAUGUGCUGGUCGGAUGACGUUAGUCGCAAGCCUCGUCGAGAAGUAGCCGUUGCCGACAACCUACCGACAAAGCACUGCGGCUCCAUCGGCCUGGAGCACAGCGAUGGCGUGCGAGAGCCUUCGUUGGCUGAGGACGGACUAGUGGGGAAAGCAGGCGAGGACGAGGGACGUGAUCUCGCGCUAUUGCAGCGCUGCCGUGGUAGAAUCGUGGAGGCACUGCUCGUAUCUAUGGCCAGCGUGUUGGCUCCGGUCGUUGUGGGCAACGAUGUGAACAAGAAGCGCUUGUGCGCUGCGGUCGGCAUGUCGCCGGCAUCGAUGUGCUGGUCGGAUGACGUUAGUCGCAAGCCUCGUCGAGAAGUAGCGUGGAGAGGGUCGAGUUGCGUGUUUUCUGGCGGCGGUGUGGCCGCGUCGAGUGGCAAUGCGAUUCUGUACGAGCGAGCGUUGCCGACAACCUACCGACAAAGCACUGCGGCUCCAUCGGCCUGGAGCACAGCGAUGGCUGGGGAAAGCGAUGGCGUGCGAGAGCCUUCGUUGGCUGAGGACGGACUAGUGGGGAAAGCAGGCGAGGACGAGGGACGUGAUCUCGCGCUAUUGCAGCGCUGCCGUGGUAGAAUCGUGGAGGCACUGCUCGUAUCUACGGCCAGCGUGUCGGCUCUGGUCGUUGUGGGCAACGAUGUGAACAAGAAGCGCUUGUGCGCUGCGUCGCAAGCCUCGUCGAGAAGUAGCGUGGAGAGGGUCGAGUUGCGUGUUUUCUGGCGGCGGUGUGGCCGCGUCGAGUGGCAAUGCGAUUCUGUACGAGCGGGCGUUGCCGACAACCUACCGACAAAGCACUGCGGCUCCAUCGGCCUGGAGCACAGCGAUGGCGUGCGAGAGCCUUCGUUGGCUGAGGACGGACUAGUGGGGAAAGCAGGCGAGGACGAGGGACGUGAUCUCGCGCUAUUGCAGCGCUGCCGUGGUAGAAUCGUGGAGGCACUGCUCGUAUCUACGGCCAGCGUGUCGGCUCUGGUCGUUGUGGGCAACGAUGUGAACAAGAAGCGCUUGUGCGCUGCGUCGCAAGCCUCGUCGAGAAGUAGCGUGGAGAGGGUCGAGUUGCGUGUUUUCUGGCGGCGGUGUGGCCGCGUCGAGUGGCAAUGCGAUUCUGUACGAGCGGGCGUUGCCGACAACCUACCGACAAAGCACUGCGGCUCCAUCGGCCUGGAGCACAGCGAUGGCGUGCGAGAGCCUUCGUUGGCUGAGGACGGACUAGUGGGGAAAGCAGGCGAGGACGAGGGACGUGAUCUCGCGCUAUUGCAGCCUUGCCGUGGUAGAAUCGUGGAGGCACUGCUCGUAUCUACGGCCAGCGUGUCGGCUCUGGUCGUUGUGGGCAACGAUGUGAACAAGAAGCGCUUGUGCGCUGCGGUCGGCAUGUCGCCGGCAUCGAUGUGCUGGUCGGAUGACGUUAGUCGCAAGCCUCGUCGAGAAGUAGCCGUUGCCGACAACCUACCGACAAAGCACUGCGGCUCCAUCGGCCUGGAGCACAGCGAUGGCGUGCGAGAGCCUUCGUUGGCUGAGGACGGACUAGUGGGGAAAGCAGGCGAGGACGAGGGACGUGAUCUCGCGCUAUUGCAGCCUUGCCGUGGUAGAAUCGUGGAGGCACUGCUCGUAUCUACGGCCAGCGUGUCGGCUCUGGUCGUUGUGGGCAACGAUGUGAACAAGAAGCGCUUGUGCGCUGCGGUCGGCAUGUCGCCGGCAUCGAUGUGCUGGUCGGAUGACGUUAGUCGCAAGCCUCGUCGAGAAGUAGCCGUUGCCGACAACCUACCGACAAAGCACUGCGGCUCCAUCGGCCUGGAGCACAGCGAUGGCGUGCGAGAGCCUUCGUUGGCUGAGGACGGACUAGUGGGGAAAGCAGGCGAGGACGAGGGACGUGAUCUCGCGCUAUUGCAGCGCUGCCGUGGUAGAAUCGUGGAGGCACUGCUCGUAUCUACGGCCAGCGUGUCGGCUCUGGUCGUUGUGGGCGACGAUGUGAACAAGAAGCGCUUGUGCGCUGCGGUCGGCAUGUCGCCGGCAUCGAUGUGCUGGUCGGAUGACGUUAGUCGCAAGCCUCGUCGAGAAGUAGCCGUUGCCGACAACCUACCGACAAAGCACUGCGGCUCCAUCGGCCUGGAGCACAGCGAUGGCGUGCGAGAGCCUUCGUUGGCUGAGGACGGACUAGUGGGGAAAGCAGGCGAGGACGAGGGACGUGAUCUCGCCCUAUUGCAGCGCUGCCGUGGUAGAAUCGUGGAGGCACUGCUCGUAUCUACGGCCAGCGUGUCGGCUCUGGUUGUUGUGGGCAACGAUGUGAACAAGAAGCGCUUGUGCGCUGCGUCGCAAGCCUCGUCGAGAAGUAGCGUGGAGAGGGUCGAGUUGCGUGUUUUCUGGCGGCGGUGUGGCCGCGUCGAGUGGCAAUGCGAUUCUGUACGAGCGGGCGUUGCCGACAACCUACCGACAAAGCACUGCGGCUCCAUCGGCCUGGAGCACAGCGAUGGCGUGCGAGAGCCUUCGUUGGCUGAGGACGGACUAGUGGGGAAAGCAGGCGAGGACGAGGGACGUGAUCUCGCGCUAUUGCAGCCUUGCCGUGGUAGAAUCGUGGAGGCACUGCUCGUAUCUAUGGCCAGCGUGUUGGCUCCGGUCGUUGUGGGCAACGAUGUGAACAAGAAGCGCUUGUGCGCUGCGGUCGGCAUGUCGCCGGCAUCGAUGUGCUGGUCGGAUGACGUUAGUCGCAAGCCUCGUCGAGAAGUAGCCGUUGCCGACAACCUACCGACAAAGCACUGCGGCUCCAUCGGCCUGGAGCACAGCGAUGGCGUGCGAGAGCCUUCGUUGGCUGAGGACGGACUAGUGGGGAAAGCAGGCGAGGACGAGGGACGUGAUCUCGCCCUAUUGCAGCGCUGCCGUGGUAGAAUCGUGGAGGCACUGCUCGUAUCUACGGCCAGCGUGUCGGCUCUGGUCGUUGUGGGCAACGAUGUGAACAAGAAGCGCUUGUGCGCUGCGUCGCAAGCCUCGUCGAGAAGUAGCGUGGAGAGGGUCGAGUUGCGUGUUUUCUGGCGGCGGUGUGGCCGCGUCGAGUGGCAAUGCGAUUCUGUACGAGCGGGCGUUGCCGACAACCUACCGACAAAGCACUGCGGCUCCAUCGGCCUGGAGCACAGCGAUGGCGUGCGAGAGCCUUCGUUGGCUGAGGACGGACUAGUGGGGAAAGCAGGCGAGGACGAGGGACGUGAUCUCGCGCUAUUGCAGCGCUGCCGUGGUAGAAUCGUGGAGGCACUGCUCGUAUCUAUGGCCAGCGUGUUGGCUCUGGUCGUUGUGGGCAACGAUGUGAACAAGAAGCGCUUGUGCGCUGCGUCGCAAGCCUCGUCGAGAAGUAGCGUGGAGAGGGUCGAGUUGCGUGUUUUCUGGCGGCGGUGUGGCCGCGUCGAGUGGCAAUGCGAUUCUGUACGAGCGGGCGUUGCCGACAACCUACCGACAAAGCACUGCGGCUCCAUCGGCCUGGAGCACAGCGAUGGCGUGCGAGAGCCUUCGUUGGCUGAGGACGGACUAGUGGGGAAAGCAGGCGAGGACGAGGGACGUGAUCUCGCCCUAUUGCAGCGCUGCCGUGGUAGAAUCGUGGAGGCACUGCUCGUAUCUUUGGCCAGCGUGUUGGCUCUGGUCGUUGUGGGCAACGAUGUGAACAAGAAGCGCUUGUGCGCUGCGUCGCAAGCCUCGUCGAGAAGUAGCGUGGAGAGGGUCGAGUUGCGUGUUUUCUGGCGGCGGUGUGGCCGCGUCGAGUGGCAAUGCGAUUCUGUACGAGCGAGCGUUGCCGACAACCUACCGACAAAGCACUGCGGCUCCAUCGGCCUGGAGCACAGUGAUGGCGUGCGAGAGCCUUCGUUGGCUGAGGACGGACUAGUGGGGAAAGCAGGCGAGGACGAGGGACGUGAUCUCGCGCUAUUGCAGCGCUGCCGUGGUAGAAUCGUGGAGGCACUGCUCGUAUCUAUGGCCAGCGUGUUGGCUCUGGUCGUUGUGGGCAACGAUGUGAACAAGAAGCGCUUGUGCGCUGCGUCGCAAGCCUCGUCGAGAAGUAGCGUGGAGAGGGUCGAGUUGCGUGUUUUCUGGCGGCGGUGUGGCCGCGUCGAGUGGCAAUGCGAUUCUGUACGAGCGAGCGUUGCCGACAACCUACCGACAAAGCACUGCGGCUCCAUCGGCCUGGAGCACAGUGAUGGCGUGCGAGAGCCUUCGUUGGCUGAGGACGGACUAGUGGGGAAAGCAGGCGAGGACGAGGGACGUGAUCUCGCCCUAUUGCAGCGCUGCCGUGGUAGAAUCGUGGAGGCACUGCUCGUAUCUAUGGCCAGCGUGUUGGCUCCGGUCGUUGUGGGCAACGAUGUGAACAAGAAGCGCUUGUGCGCUGCGUCGCAAGCCUCGUCGAGAAGUAGCGUGGAGAGGGUCGAGUUGCGUGUUUUCUGGCGGCGGUGUGGCCGCGUCGAGUGGCAAUGCGAUUCUGUACGAGCGAGCGUUGCCGACAACCUACCGACAAAGCACUGCGGCUCCAUCGGCCUGGAGCACAGUGAUGGCGUGCGAGAGCCUUCGUUGGCUGAGGACGGAUUAGUGGGGAAAGCAGGCGAGGACGAGGGACGUGAUCUCGCGCUAUUGCAGCGCUGCCGUGGUAGAAUCGUGGAGGCACUGCUCGUAUCUAUGGCCAGCGUGUCGGCUCCGGUCGUUGUGGGCAACGAUGUGAACAAGAAGCGCUUGUGCGCUGCGUCGCAAGCCUCGUCGAGAAGUAGCGUGGAGAGGGUCGAGUUGCGUGUUUUCUGGCGGCGGUGUGGCCGCGUCGAGUGGCAAUGCGAUUCUGUACGAGCGAGCGUUGCCGACAACCUACCGACAAAGCACUGCGGCUCCAUCGGCCUGGAGCACAGUGAUGGCGUGCGAGAGCCUUCGUUGGCUGAGGACGGAUUAGUGGGGAAAGCAGGCGAGGACGAGGGACGUGAUCUCGCGCUAUUGCAGCGCUGCCGUGGUAGAAUCGUGGAGGCACUGCUCGUAUCUAUGGCCAGCGUGUCGGCUCCGGUCGUUGUGGGCAACGAUGUGAACAAGAAGCGCUUGUGCGCUGCGUCGCAAGCCUCGUCGAGAAGUAGCGUGGAGAGGGUCGAGUUGCGUGUUUUCUGGCGGCGGUGUGGCCGCGUCGAGUGGCAAUGCGAUUCUGUACGAGCGAGCGUUGCCGACAACCUACCGACAAAGCACUGCGGCUCCAUCGGCCUGGAGCACAGUGAUGGCGUGCGAGAGCCUUCGUUGGCUGAGGACGGAUUAGUGGGGAAAGCAGGCGAGGACGAGGGACGUGAUCUCGCGCUAUUGCAGCGCUGCCGUGGUAGAAUCGUGGAGGCACUGCUCGUAUCUAUGGCCAGCGUGUCGGCUCCGGUCGUUGUGGGCAACGAUGUGAACAAGAAGCGCUUGUGCGCUGCGUCGCAAGCCUCGUCGAGAAGUAGCGUGGAGAGGGUCGAGUUGCGUGUUUUCUGGCGGCGGUGUGGCCGCGUCGAGUGGCAAUGCGAUUCUGUACGAGCGGGCGUUGCCGACAACCUACCGACAAAGCACUGCGGCUCCAUCGGCCUGGAGCACAGCGAUGGCGUGCGAGAGCCUUCGUUGGCUGAGGACGGACUAGUGGGGAAAGCAGGCGAGGACGAGGGACGUGAUCUCGCCCUAUUGCAGCGCUGCCGUGGUAGAAUCGUGGAGGCACUGCUCGUAUCUAUGGCCAGCGUGUCGGCUCCGGUCGUUGUGGGCAACGAUGUGAACAAGAAGCGCUUGUGCGCUGCGUCGCAAGCCUCGUCGAGAAGUAGCGUGGAGAGGGUCGAGUUGCGUGUUUUCUGGCGGCGGUGUGGCCGCGUCGAGUGGCAAUGCGAUUCUGUACGAGCGAGCGUUGCCGACAACCUACCGACAAAGCACUGCGGCUCCAUCGGCCUGGAGCACAGUGAUGGCGUGCGAGAGCCUUCGUUGGCUGAGGACGGAUUAGUGGGGAAAGCAGGCGAGGACGAGGGACGUGAUCUCGCGCUAUUGCAGCGCUGCCGUGGUAGAAUCGUGGAGGCACUGCUCGUAUCUAUGGUCAGCGUGUCGGCUCCGGUCGUUGUGGGCAACGAUGUGAACAAGAAGCGCUUGUGCGCUGCGUCGCAAGCCUCGUCGAGAAGUAGCGUGGAGAGGGUCGAGUUGCGUGUUUUCUGGCGGCGGUGUGGCCGCGUCGAGUGGCAAUGCGAUUCUGUACGAGCGGGCGUUGCCGACAACCUACCGACAAAGCACUGCGGCUCCAUCGGCCUGGAGCACAGCGAUGGCGUGCGAGAGCCUUCGUUGACUGAGGACGGACUAGUGGGGAAAGCAGGCGAGGACGAGGGACGUGAUCUCGCGCUAUUGCAGCGCUGCCGUGGUAGAAUCGUGGAGGCACUGCUCGUAUCUACGGCCAGCAAAAAGCUGUUUUAG